UCUUCCGUUACAAAGACAACUUACUCUUUGGUGCCCGACCAGACACGGCUUAGGAUAUGGCGAUCUUCAUUUAGUGGUCAAAAAUCCAGAUAACCCCGAAAACGACUUUCUUGUCGCUUCACUCAUGACAUGACGCCAUCCUUUUGUUGCUAUGGUGGAUGAUGAAAAGUGUUAGAGGUCAAGCAAACAGAGAAAGGAAAGUUACUUUGUAGUAGAACUAGAAGCAUGCCAUCUUCCUGCUCUCAUAUCUUUCAGAAGGCUCAGUCCAGGUUUACUUCGAUGAGCCCUGUGAACGCCAAUGUUGCUUAGUUACGGUUAAUUGAGAUCCGAUGGCGAAAGUUUUGCUGAUUUGGAAUAUAAGUUUCAGAGCGCACUUAUCUUCCUUUGAUUUGUAUAGAGUUAUCGAAACGCGACGAUAACUUUACUAAAGUAUUUCGAUUGUGCAUUCAUUCUACAUUGGAACUGAAUCUGUUGUAGUGUCUAAGAAUGGGUUUCCAGCUCUUCCUCUUGUUCUCGGUUGUCUCGCUUUCUGGGAUUUGCGCUCAAGAGUCUGCACUUGCAACAAUUGUAGUCCGGGGAUCUAAAUCAAUAGCUGAGACUGACCACAAUUUCAUUUGUGCUACUCUUGAUUGGUGGCCUCAUGAUAAGUGCAACUACAAUCAAUGCCCAUGGGGAGAAUCAUCUGUUCUAAAUCUUGACUUGUCGCAUCCUUUUCUUGCCAAGGCCAUUCAAGCUUUCAAUCCUCUGAGAAUAAGAAUUGGAGGCUCCUUGCAAGACCGAGUUGUGUACAAUGUAGGGACUUUGAAGCAUCCAUGUCAUCCAUUUCAAAAGAAACCAGAUGGGCUGUUUGGAUUUUCCACAGGCUGUUUAGAAAUGAAUAGGUGGGACGAGAUCAACCACUUAUUCAGUAAAACAGGAGCAAUUGUGACAUUUGGUCUGAAUGCACUUUAUGGGCGACACGAAAUCAGAAGAGGUGUUUGGGGAGGUGCUUGGGACACCAGUAAUGCUCAAAGUUUCAUGGAAUAUACCAUUUCAAAGGGAUAUCAAAUUGAUUCAUGGGAAUUUGGAAAUGAGCUGAGUGGAAAUGGGGUUGGCGCAAGUGUUAGUUCUGAGCAGUAUGCAAAAGACUUGAUCAAACUUAAGGCUAUUAUCAAUGAGUUAUAUAAGAAAUUUCAUACAAAACCAAUGCUUUUAGCACCAGGAGGAUUUUAUAGUCAGGAUUGGUAUGCCAAGCUUCUUCAGGUCUCUGGGUCAGAUGUUGUGAAUGUCCUGACACAUCAUAUCUAUAAUUUAGGUCCAGGUGUUGAUCAAAAUCUUGUGAAAAAGAUAUUGGAUCCUCAUUAUUUGAGUCAGAUAUCAGGAACAUUCAGCGAUCUUCAACUUACCAUACAAAAACAUGGUCCGUGGGCUUCUGCAUGGGUUGGAGAAUCUGGUGGGGCUUAUAACAGUGGUGGUCGUCUAGUGUCUAAUGCAUUUGUAAACAGCUUUUGGUACCUAGAUCAGCUUGGAAUGGCAUCCAAGUACAGUACAAAGGCAUACUGCAGACAGACUUUGAUUGGCGGAAACUAUGGUCUUCUUAACACAACCACAUUUGUCCCUAACCCUGAUUAUUACAGUGCACUUCUGUGGCAUCGGCUAAUGGGAAAAGGCGUCCUUGCUGUUCAUAGUGAUGCAUCACCAUUUUUACGUGCCUAUGCCCAUUGUUCAAAAGGAAGAGCAGGGAUAACCCUUCUCCUGAUCAAUUUAAGCAACCAAACUGACUUUAAAAUCAUGGUCCAAAAUGAUGUCAAUAUCAAUGUUCAUGAAGGAGAAAAGAUCACUCAAGGAGGCUCUUUCAUGCAUGGUCUUAAGAAAACAGUUUCCUGGGUUGGAAGGAAAACAUCAGAUGGCAAAGCUCUGAGAGAGGAAUAUCAUUUAACCUCAAUGGAUGGGCAUCUCCGGAGCCAGAAAAUGCUUUUGAAUGGGACUCCUUUAGAGCUUACUGAGAAUGGAGACAUCCCUCCACUAGAUCCUGUUCUUGUUGAUGUAAAAUCUCCCAUAUAUAUUUCUCCCUUGUCCAUUGCCUUUGUUGCAUUCCCCCACUUUGAGGCCCCAGCUUGUGUAUGACUAUCUUGUACAUGAACCCUUUCAGUUUCUAUAACUAGAGUAUUGUAUUAUAUGGUUCUAGUUGCAGAUCAUGGCAAUUGUGUUAAUUCUGAAUUUACUGUACUUGGUUUCCAAAUUUUCUUUCUUAUGUUGGUAAUAUAUGUGUUGGGUUUAACUGGA